CUUCAAACUUUGCCUGAAGUCACAGUUCCUGGCACAUGACAUCACAACUAGUUGCUGUGGGAAUUUAUCACGCAUGUGUGAGCCAGGAAGCCAGCUUGGAAACAUCAAAGCACACAAUGGAAUAGAACACAGCUGCAGACAGAAGGAAAAGGAGCCCUUAGGAAGGAUAAAGGCAAGCAAAUCCCUGGCAUCUUCUCCAGGGGCAAAUGUGAUUUUUCCCAUCUCAAUGGCAGCAUAGCAUAGGGAACAUCCGCCUGAGGAGCUCUGAGUUAUUUGGUCACAUUCAGCAUAGACUUAAACUGGUGUAUUCCAGACACUCCAUCUUCCCAGGGAGACUUGGGAAAGAGAGCAAAGAAUCUCAAGGUGAACGUUCUCAGCACCCUCACUAAACUAGUUAUUUGGGGGGAAGGCCAUGGUAUAAAACCAAUCGAAAUCACCUGCUCAUCUUCCAGUAUCAUUUAUCCCAUCAUCUGCCGCCAAUUCCCUUCUGCAUUCUACACAGAUUCAAUGUACAAUGCAUUCUACUGCGUUCUACAAUUGUACUCAGGGCAACUGGUCAGUUUCCGUACAAAAGAAUAAAUGAACAAAUGUGAAAUAAAAAAUGGCAGUAACCAUAAAUCAGUGGGAGAACAAUUCAACCUAUUGGGAUAUUCCGUAACUGACCUUAAGGUGACCAUUCAAAGGAAGAUUACAACAUGAAACAGCUGAAUUUCAAUUCACCAAAAAGUUCAGUGCUGUCCCCAUAGGAGCUAAUAUUGAGGGAGCCAGCCCCCCCCCCCAAGGUGAUGUGCGUUGCCAUAAAAAUGGUGUGUGUCUGCCAUGUCAUGUCACCAAUUCUGCAGGGUGGAGCUUACCUGCCCCCCCUCAUAUUUUAUUCAAGUUGCCACCCCUGCCUGACAAGAGUUAAAUAGAGACAAAGCCUUUCCAUCAUUUUCACCACACUGCACAUGUUAAUGAGCUGACCAAUUCCAGGAUAAAUCUGCUGUCAAUGUUCCUUUUGAAUGGUUCUCUGUUAAUAUAAUCAUUUUAGUAAUGCUGAGUAAAUUAUCACCAAUCUGGUACAGUGAAAGAUGUGCCUUUUUAGCAUAUAUUUAAGCUCUGAUUAUCACUUAAAUGUUUUCUCUCGACUUCUUUAUAUACCUCUCAACUGCUGAUGACAUGGGAUUGAAUCCAGGAAAGCUAUGGCCAUAAUGAAUUGCUUAGUCUUCAAGGUGACACAAUACUUGCUUUGAUAUCUCUCUGGAAAUGUUAUGUUCCAAGAUAUACAGGAGUCUCAGGUGGCAGUUCAUGUGCCUCUUUUGCUCUGCGUUCCUGCUGUGGGAAGGACAGCGAGUUUGCCACUGUAAGGUAUGACAAGCCUCAUUAUGUGUCCUUGGCAGGGCCAAAGUGAAGGAAAUGCACAUUCCCCAAAGCCUGCUGGGGAUCAGAAUGGUCAGGAAAUGUACAAAAUUCAGUCAGCAUGUGCACAUUUUCCAAAGCCUAUUGGAGAUUAUGCAGUGCUGUAACUACGGGGGUGCUCGCCAGGUUCUUUGCCCCAGGCGAAGCCUCCAGAGGCUUCCCAGCCUGUAUGUGUGUGGACUCAAUUGCAUGUGGGAGGGUGCCAGAUCUUUAACCCAGGUGAAAUAAAGCCUAGUUUUGCCCCUGGAUUCUGUAUACCGACUGGGAAAUUUGCACAAGUCCCUCUUUGUAGAAGAAUUUGGUGCACAUUUUCCAUUAUGCCUGGUGAGUGUGCACAGUGGCAGGUUACUCCUCAGCUUCCGUACCUCUUAAUGUCUGCACUAUUCCUGCAGCUCCAUAAUGAGUUAGAGAUAUGUUUAAACUUUUCUUCAUCUUUCUCUGUCAGCAUUGUAAUAGUUAGCCUCUUCAUUAAACUCUUUUAAAAAAAUGUAAAUAUUGUGGCUGAGAUUAUUAUCAAAUAGCUUAUCUGUGCAGCCUUCUUGCUCAUCUCUCUGUGCUCUUCGCAGAAUCGCAACUGGAAAAUAGACAAGGAGGCAGAGGAGGCAGCUGUUCCCCAUUUUAUGGGAUGCCUUAUUCUCGGUUUCUUGGCCUAUGUACAGUAAAUGAUCACACGCACUUCAUCUUUGUUGAGGAGAGAGAACACUCACCAGGAGCAGAUGCAUUUUGUGACAGCACUAAACAGAGUCAUAAAUGAAAAACGCUAGACUCCUGCUCCAUAGAGCUUACAAUCUGAACGUUGACUGUUGGGGAGACAGCAAAUGAAAUGCAGGAAAGGGUAGCAAAGUGUUUUUCUUGUAAAGGAUUCUUAAAUCGUAGAUCUCCUUGUUAACUGAAACUGUUGUAUUAUAUGGUUGCCAAGGAUUGAAGGAAGAGAACAUGGGACUGGGACAUGUGGAAGCAGGAUUCCAUAGCUAGGACUAUGUUACGAUGGGUAUUUUACAUUUCUUGUGCCUUAGGAUCUUCAACAAACUGAAGCUGGGUAUUGCAGUAGGGCAUCAUCUUGUAGGCCAAUACUGGGGCUUCUGAUGUCUCUGAACGCCCUUCUUUCCCCCUGCCUAGGGUUAAUCUGAAUUCCUGUUCAAGAUGACCACAUGGAAAGAGAGGCACUUCCUCUGUACAGACAAAUAUGUGUCAUGGCCAGGGUUUUCUCCAAGACCCUACCAUAAACUGGCUGUUGAAAGACCACCCCACACAGAUGCCAAAAUAAGUGUCAGCCACAAAAUACGUUGCCCAGUGGAAGAGGAUAGCCUAUGGCACGUCUGGGGAUACCAUACAUGGCUGGAUGUAGGGAGGUUGCCAGCAAUCUAUCGCCCAAGACCGGAUAAGCCUUUUGAUAGCAACACAUGGCGAUGGAUCACAGCUCCCAGGAAAGGAUUCAUGGCUGUGCCACCAGUCCCACCUCCUUCGCAGUUGGAUGGGAACACCUACAUUAAGUUCAUUGAAGGGGACGCACUGUUUGUGGAUCAGAGACAUAAAGAGAGAGUUCGGACCCGAACAAAGAAUGAAAUGAAACGGUGUGAUCAACUCAAACUGAGGAGUGAGUGCCGAGCUCCUCCUUUGGACGUUGAAGGAAAUAUUAUGCCUCCGAAAGGUUUCAUUCGGUAAGAUAUACUCCUCAACACUUUGUUCUACCAACUGUUGCAAGUGCCCUUUAGAUGAACCCCCAACCACAUGAGAGCAGCUUUUCCUUGACUGGAUCCUAUACGGCUAGGUGCUGCGAUAAUACUAUAAUAUGGAUGGGGGUGAUUCUAUGGGUCUUUCCCCAUAUAAUUAGGAAGAGGCAAGGUAUCCCUCCUCAGGUGGGAUAGGCAAAACCACUAUCCCUAUGGAUAAAGGUAACGGGGUAAAGGUAAAGGUAAAGGGACCCCUGACCAUUAGGUCCAGUCGUGGCCGACUCUGGGGUUGCGGCACUCAUCUCGCUUUAUUGGCCGAGGGAGCCGGCGUACAGCUUCCGGGUCAUGUGGGCAGCAUGACUAAGCCGCUUCUGGCAAACCAGAGCAGCGCACGGAAAAACUGUUUACCUUCCCACCGGAGUGGUACCUAUUUAUCUACUUGCACUUUGACGUGCUUUCGAACUGCUAGGUUGGCAGGAGCAGGGACCGAGCAACGGGAGCUCACCCCGUCGCAGGGAUUCAAACCACCGACCUUCUGAUCAGCAAGUCCUAGGCUCUGUGGUUUAACCUACAGCUCCACCCAGAUAGGCAAAACCACCAGUUUCAGUUUUUUCCAAUUUUAAAUUCAAUUUGCCACAUUUCCACAUCAGUUUACAAUUUUAAAAAGAUUUAUUUUUUUAAAAUUGUGAGUGAUGCUGCCUUGGGCGAGGCAAGAUGGCGAGCACAACGGCCACACCAAACUCCUAGGGACCACCAGAACCAACCAAGUUGCCUGGCUGGUGCCCGCGCUGCCAUCACCGCCACCAUCAAAGGGGAGUCCAAAAUGACAAGCAAAGAGACCACUUGGAGCCCCCACCACCGCCGUCCGAUGAUCUCGAUCCCACCAGGACCGAAAGCACCCCAACAAAGCUCUGGGACCUGGAGCUCAUAACCCACCUACUCUCAGUAGCCAGAAUCCUCAUAGCUAGACACUGGAGGGAUAAACAUGGAACACUGGUAUCAAGUAGUAUGGGGAACAGCCUUACUAACCUAUAGACUGAAACUGACAUGGGGAGAAAUAGGACGCCUUCACUCUGGUAUGGCUCCCCUUUAUCAGAUACACAGCCCAACAAGACAACAACAUGAACCCACCGACAGCAUACGAUUCAUUAUGGCUAACUUGACCCAACAACCCCUCCCCAUGCACAAACAAAUCUCACUGCAGCCAACCAAAGACCCUACACCCUAGGCCACCCCAACCUCUCUCACCAAGGAAACCUAACAAGCGAAUAGAAAGAGAACCUACCCAAGUGACGCUGACACAACCCCCCCCAUAUACUAAGUAAAAGAAUAUAAGCUUCACACCACCCCCUCUCUCCUGUCCCCCCCUUUUCUUCCCAACCCUAUGCUGCAUAUAAGACCAAUGUCUCACAACAAAUGUAACUGAUCUGUAGAAAACACAACCUGAAGAAAGAGCUUUUAUAAACAAGGAAAUGUUUAAUAAAAAUUAUAUAUAUAGUGUGAGUGUUUUAGGGCACAUUUCUCCUAAUAUACAUAUUGGGACAGGCAUAAUGUGCAUUUUUGUAUGUUAUUUUCACACAAGUACCUUUUUAUGUACAUUUCCUAAAAUAUAUUGCUGUAUACAUUUUUUUUAAAUUAGAGAACAGCACUGCAGAACUUGGAAAGUGCAAAGUUCAAAGGAUAGCUGCCAUUUAGUUCACUUAUUGUUUUGCGAGGUACUGAUUCCCCCCGGAAAGUGGUGGACUCCCCUUCCUUGGAGGUUUUCAAGCAGAGAUUGGGUGGGCAUCUGCCAUGGAUGUUUUCGUUGAGAUUCCUGCAUUGCAGGGGCUUGGACUCGAUGACACUCAGAAUAAUUUUGAAUUAUGCUAUGAUGCACAAAUGGAGCCAAUCCUGUGCUCCCACAGAGCCCCAAGCCCAUGUCCAUCCUGGUUAGUGGCAGAGGCACCACUGCCAGAGGGCUAUUGCUGUGGCUUUGCCCCCACCGGCAAGCAACUCCCAGAACACCCGCAUGGUAUCAUCUUUCUUUUUUUCCCAUCCCCAACUAAGCUGCAGUCUCACAAAAUCCACACAUUUCUGUAAAACUAGCUAAGCAGGAAAAGACCCCUAGAAAUAACAGGAAUAUGACCUUCUACUUAAUGGGAAAUCCCCAAUUCAAAUCUCCCCUCAAACACACAAGGGACUCAGCUAUAUAGUCAAGUAAGAGCGUUAUGAAUGUGUUACAAACAUGCAACACCAGAUGGCGCUGGAGAGUUUUAAAAAAUUCAAUGCAAUUUUCCAUAGCGUCCCCCUCCUUUCGUUAUAAUGAUUUCUGACUUAUUAAUAGCUUUCCCCCCCCCCCAGUGUGUAGACCCACCCUAGGGUCUUCUUUUUUUUUUUUUUGAGCUUCAAUGCCCAUCAUCAAAGUGAAAUCAUGCACUGUUUAUACAUUUCAAGUCCUCAAAAUCUUCCACAUAAGCAUUAUCAUUUCUGUUGGUUUCUUAAUUUUGUACAGAUACAAGCGCCUGCUUCCAGGGAAAAGCCCAGCCUCGCUUUGUGUCCAACUGCGGCCUGUCACACCUGCUUCUAGGGACUGCUGGGAUCACCCUUGUCCAAACCUCCAACCCCAUUACCAGGAGGCAGCUGUCAAGUUUGCCCUGAAGAACAGCAGCCCCAUCUACCCAGAGGUGGUAGAAAAAUAUCAGGAACUGGCUCUUUCUGGGAGUAAAAUAAGGCCAUGUACACCUGUCACUGAAUAAAUGGAAGGGGGUGAAGCCUGAAAUUCACAGGGCUACUGAAGAGUUACCGUAUGUUGGAAGUUCAAAUCCUGCUAUCAGUAAAACAAUCUUUCUAAAAUCUAAAUGGAGGCAAAACAAUUGUUGCAUAAUGAUCACAAUUGGCCAAAACAGGGGUGUGGGGGCUAAUUUUUGUAUUAUACAUAGUGUCACAUGUAUGACGAUUUACCCGCUAGACAGAACUGUAUGUGGGUGUUCAGUGUAAUGAGGUUCUGCAUGUCAGGCUACAAAUUUGAUGUCCUGACCUUGAGAAGAUGAGCGCUGAUAAAGAUUUCUCACUGCCAGGGUGACAUUUUUUCUGUUUUCAUGAAGGAGGGUCUCAGAGAAGGAGAGUAUCCGUCGGAGCAAGAGGGGAGUUUCCAUAGGGCUGGGAAGGUGAUUCUACAGAAAUGAAUUGCGUUGC